AUGUACAUUGCUCCUUCAUCGGCUGUGGCGUUUGCGUCGACGUUGCUUUGCAAAGCGGGGCUGCCCCGCGAAGACGCGUCGCUCAUGGCCGAAUGCCUGGCCCAAGCCGACACGCGCGGAGUCGACACGCACGGCCUCGCCCGUCUGCAGCAGUACAUCCAACGCCUCACCAAAGGCCUCGUCAAUCCCACUCCCGCCCUGCGCCUCGACGAGCCCACCCCCGUCGCAGCUCACCUUGAUGGCGACAAUGGCUUCGGCUUCAUCGUUGCCACUCGUGCCAUGCGCGAGGCCGUCGACCGCGCUCGCACCUACGGCAUCGGUUUCGUGACAGUCUGCCACUCCAACCACUUUGGCAUGGCUGCCACCUACGUCCUGCAGGCUCUCGACCAGGGCUUCAUCUCCCUCGUCUUCACCAAUUCGGCCCGUCAGAUGGCCCCGUUCGGCGGCAAGGAAACCCUGCUGGGCAUCUCUCCCUUCGCUGCAGGCGCACCUGCGGACCGCGAGGUCCCGUACAUCCUAGACAUGGCGCCUUCGGUCGUCGCCAAGGGCAAGAUCAGACGUGCUGCUCGUCGCGGCGAAAACAUUCCUUUGGGCUGGGCCAUGGACAAGGAUGGAAUCCCUACGACUGAUGCUGAGGCCGCCCUCAACGGCAUCAUGGCUCCCAUCGGUGGGCCCAAGGGCUCCGGUCUUGCCAUCCUCAUGGACAUCAUGUCCGGCGUCCUCUCCGGUGCCGCGUAUGGUGGUGAGGUAGGCGACCAGUACAAGGAGGCGAAGCCGCAAAACGUGGGUCACAGCUUUAUUGCCAUCAAGCCCGAUGUCUUCAUGACUUCCCAAGAGUUCCGCUCGCGCAUGGACGUUUUGGUCCAAAGGGUCCAUGCUGUCCCUCCCGCGCCCGGCUUCGACCAGGUCAUGUUCCCAGGCGAGCCGGAGCACAAGCUGUUGCAAAAACGAUCGAGCGAGGGCAUUCCGUUUGCCGAUGCCGAAAUCAAAAUGUUCAAGUCCAUGGCCGACGAGUUCGGCGUUCCUCUGCCCCACAUGUCAGAAACUCCUCUGAACGCUUGA